GUAUCAGGCGAAGUUGAAGAAGAUUUUUCCUAAGUUGGAGAUUGUGGUUGCUAAGAAGGCUGAUUCUACGUAUCCUAUUGUUUCGGCUGCUAGUAUUUGUGCUAAAGUUAGCAGGGAUCAGGCUUUAAAGAUUUGCCAAAAUGAAUCUAGUGAUCUACCUAAUAGCCAUCGUACUAGCACCAUUAAAUCCUACAAUAUCAGGUGAAUACGUUGCCAGUUCACCAACACCAUUCACCAUCAGGCCACAAACAAAACAACAAGUCAAUAUAACAAUUGUAGAACCAGUUAAAUCCAUCGACUUGUCUAACAAUAUUUUAUAUCGGGAUGAAUCCAAUGAGGUGAUCAAUAAUGAUGAAACAACGACCAGAAGGGACACAAUUGUAGAUUUCCAAGUGUCUCCACGGACCAAGAUCUUUUACCAAAAUCAGGAUAGUAAUGUGAUUCGUGAUGCGAGAGUGUCUCCGGUGAUGGUGUCUUCAGGAGACUCCUACAUCGAUGCUUAUAGGCAAUCGCAUGCUGCAGCAGUUGCUGCGAAGGAUGAUAAUGUUGCCGAACCGACUGCUGCACAUCCAACUUACUACGAGCCCCAAUACGCGCCCCCCAAAGACAUGAAACCACCAGCAACCUCUAGAAUCUCCUUGUAUCACCACCAGCCCACAGCCAUAUACCACGAACCACCAUCCCUCGGCUACCAUUACAACAGUCCGAAACCCACAUACUCAUACGAAUACCUGCACAAAGAGCCUGAACCAGCACCACCGAGCCCCACUUAUGGAAGUGGAUUCGUGGCAACAUCGAUCGGGCACCAUCAAGUCAAUUAUGGACCACCACCUGUGCACCACCAGGUGACUUAUUUGGCACCUACGCAGCAGGUUCAUCAUCAUCAUGGGGAUUAUGAUUAUGACGAUCAUCAUCAUGAUCACCACGAGAGUUAUGGGGUGCCUUACCAGGCACCAGGGUUCUUCGAUAAAUUGAAAAUGAAGUUCAAUUGGUAUAUUUUGGGAAAGCUGCUGCUUAAGUUGAUUUUGUUUAAGAAAUUUGUGAAGUUUGCAGCUAUUUUGUGCCUUUUGUUUAUUAUACCAAAGUUGAAAAAGGGAAAGAACGAUGAUGAAGAGGACAGGUCCAGAAUGUUUUCAGUUAUGUCCAACGAUGCCCAAGAAGCCCUGAUGCAGAUGUUUGUAGGAGCAAUGGACAUGUAUGCAUCAGGUUCGAAUUGGAUGAACGAAGCACCGAAUAAUAGUACGAGUAGUUCCAAGGAUCAUUAUUAUGAUUAUUAUAUGAAUAAUAGUAAACACGACAAAGAUAAUCAUCAUAAGGAUAAUUCGAAUUGUAAAACUAGCCGGAUGCUGGAUAGACUCGACGAAAAAUACAGUUUUGCGAGGCUCUGGGAUAUGUAUCAAGCAAAUUCAGAAGAAAAUGUUGUUUAA